GCGCACUCGGCAAUCGGGGAUCAUCGGAAUCGCCUAAAAGACUCCUUAAAAUCGCCCUAAGAAUGUCGCUCGAUUCUUCCAUGUCAGCCUACCCUAACCGCAAACUUUAUCGUCCAAUGAACGUCCACCGAAUCAAUCACAAUAUACCUCACAUCCGGCAACUGUCUAAACCACGACUCUCUAAGUCCCGGAGUUGCUUGCUGCUAGCUGUGCCACUCUCCAUGUGCAUUAACUCCUUCCUCGUAAACACAAGGUCGGCGCAUCGCAUGGCUUGAUUAGCGAGCGUAUGUGCGCUGCGCAGAGAAGCUCGAGGAUCCGAGGAACGAGAGGACGUGGUUGCGCGAUCAGGCAGUCUCGAAAGUUGGACUGGAACAUUGCGGUUUCGUAGAGUUGCGUGAGGGGAACGGGAGGUGGUGAGAAAGCGCCUUUUCUAUUUAUCGAGAGUCUGUGAAAAGCAGCGGUGGGAAGUAGUAAUAUUAGGAGGGGUCGCCGAGAAGUAAGGAUGCCCGGGAGCGAAGAUGACGGCGGUGCUGGACAAUGGGAUUCGGAGAGAACGUCGAGUGACGAUAAUGUGGCGGAGAGUCACGAGACCAAUAACGGAGAGCUCGUGCCUCUAACAAAUGCCGACGGCGAAGCUCAGCAGACCGUUAAUAAUCAAGAAGUGAAUCAGAGACCAAAACCUAAUGAAACUUAUGCACAAUCGUUCUAUGCUAUUACCAAGUCAUUAAUCAUCAGGGCUGCAAUCAUUUACUAUAUUAGUUCUUUUUUCCGAAAUCCAGCUCAGAAUUCACAAGCUUCUGCUGGUAACUCUGCGGCAGCUCAGAAUAAUGCAUUCAAUAUUUUUGCCAAUGGAACUGUGUUCGAUUUACAUGUUUACUUAUCAGAAUACGAAUUUUUUAAAGAUUUUAACGAUUCUAAGGCAAAAGUUUGGUCAGAGUAUGGCUUGAUUUAUGGAGAUUGGUAUAGCGGUCCAAAUGGUGAUGGUAGUAAAGUGUUUACACACACAUUUACGCCAUCAAAAAGCUUACUGAAUAAUGGAUCGAUAUAUCUUCAUGUUUAUGUUACAAAAAAUGGCAAAUCGCCAGAUCCUUCGACAGGACAGAAAGUCUAUGCUGGAGAGAUGAUGUCAUAUACUAAGAAAAUGUUAAAUAAAUUUAAAAAAAUUAAGUAUUUAAAGAUGCAUAAUUUAUUAACUGGACAAACACAAUCCAGCGAGGAAGAUAUCAAGAAAGCUGAUUUAAUGGAUCAAGAAAUUGUAUCGCAUUGGCAUCCAAAUUUAACUAUAAAUUUAGUAACUGACCAAUCAAAUUGGGUACGCGGUAUGGUGCCUGAAACAUUAGACGACUAUAUCCAAUUCACAUCUAAUGGGAAAUUUUACAAACCGGUCAUUUUUAUGAAUGACUUUUGGAACAUGCAAAGAGAUUAUCAACCAUUGAAUAAUACUGUCACGAAACUUGAAUUGCAAUUAAAUUAUCAACCUUUAUCGUUAUUUAAAUGGGAGCUGUUUUCAGCUCAAUCGAUGAGGAACAAAUGGACUUCUUCAGUUUUUGGUGAUACGGUAGAAGAUAAUAGCGAACAUCAAGAUACAUUAAAAGAAGCUCUACUUGAAAAUAAUCCAUAUUUACUCGGUAUGACUAUUAUAGUCUCCAUUUUUCAUAGUGUUUUUGAAUUUUUGGCCUUCAAGAACGAUAUCCAAUUCUGGAACAAUCGCAAAUCCUUGGAGGGUUUGUCAGUCCGUUCAGUUUUCUUCAAUGUAUUCCAAUCUCUUGUUGUUAUGCUCUACGUCCUUGAUAACGAAGCUAACACUUUAAUACGCAUAGGUUGUGGGGUUGGUCUGGCAAUUGAAAUCUGGAAGAUUAAUAAAGUUGUUGAUAUCAAAGUGGAUCGAUCUGCUAAAGUUUUUGGAAUAUUUCCUCGACUGAUUUUCAAAGACAAAGGUUCAUACGUCGAGUCUUCGACAAAAGAGUACGAUAGACUUGCCUUCAAGUACCUAUCAUGGGCAUUAUUUCCACUUUUAGGAGGUUAUGCGAUAUAUUCUCUUAUGUAUUUGGAACAUAAGGGCUGGUAUUCUUGGGUAUUAAAUAUGUUGUAUGGUUUCUUAUUAACCUUUGGUUUCAUUAUGAUGACGCCUCAAUUAUUUAUUAACUAUAAGCUCAAGAGCGUAGCUCAUCUACCAUGGCGUAUGAUGUCUUACAAAUUUUUAAAUACGUUUAUCGAUGAUAUUUUUGCCUUUGUCAUCAAAAUGCCAACAUUGUAUAGGUUAGGUUGUUUCCGCGACGACAUUGUAUUUUUCAUAUUUUUGUAUCAACAUUGGAUCUACAAGACCGAUCACACGAGAAUUAACGAAUUUGGGUUCAGUGGAGAAGCUGAUAAACAGGUCACAGAUGAUAAGAAUCAAGCUAUUGAAAACAAAGACAAUUUCAAAGAAGAUAAGAAGAUAAAAUAGAAAAUUAUUAUUAAACAUUUGUGUGAAAGUUGUGUGCUUGCAAAUAGAAGGUCUAAAGAUAUAAAAUUGUUUUUCGCGACUUAUUUUUACCUGGCUAGAACGUUUCAUUGUUGAUCGCAAUGUAUUAUUUAAGAAUUGCUUUUAGAAAGUUUCUGAAAUAAUACAAAGUCUUAAAAUCACU